AUGUCCAUAGAGAUCGAGAGCGCGGACGUGAUCCGACUGAUGGCUCAGUACCUGAAGGAAAACAAUUUGCUGAAGACUUUGCAGACACUGCAGGAGGAGACGAGUAUCUCAUUGAAUACCGUGGACUCCGUGGAGAGCUUCGUGCACGACAUCCACUGCGGGCACUGGGAUGUGGUGCUCAAAGUGGUGCAAUCGCUCAAACUUCCCGACAAGAAGUUAAUGGAUUUGUACGAACAGAUCGUCACUGAGUUGAUUGAGUUGCGAGAGUUGGGCGCCGCUCGCAGUCUUCUCCGCCAAACGGAUCCCAUGAUUAAGCUCAAGACAGAGACGCCCGAAAGGUAUAUCCAUUUGGAGACACUGCUGGCCAGGAGCUACUUCGACGCCCAGGAAGCCUAUCCCGAGGGCACCAACAAAGACAAGCGCCGGCAGCAGAUCGCGCAGAGUCUGAGCGGCGAGGUAUCAGUGGUGCCGCCGUCCAGACUACUGGCCCUCUUGGGUCAGGCGCUCAAAUGGCAACAACAUCAGGGGCUCCUACCUCCCGGCACUUCCAUAGACCUGUUUCGCGGUAAGGCGUCCAUCAGAGAGCAGGAGGACGAGACGCAUCCCAACGUAUUGUCCAAAAGCAUCAAAUUUGGUGCCAAAUCGCACGUAGAGUGCGCGCACUUCUCGCCCGACGGCCAGUACCUCAUCACCGGAUCCGUCGACGGCUUCAUCGAAGUCUGGAACUUCACCACCGGAAAGAUCCGCAAAGACUUGCGAUACCAGGCGAUGGAGAACUUCAUGCUUAUGAACGACGCGGUGCUGUGUCUGUGCUUCAGCCGCGACUCCGAGAUGCUUGCGAGCGGUUCCCNCCUCAAGAGUGGCAAACUGUUGAAGGAGUUCAAGGGUCACACCUCCUUCGUCAACGAAGUUAUCUAUAGCUUCGAUGGACACCAACUCAUAAGCGCCAGUUCCGACGGAACCAUCAAAAUAUGGAGUCUGAAGACAACGGAGUGUUUGCAUACGUUUAAGUCGACCGCUAUAGUGAGCACCGGGACUGUCGACUUAACUGUCAAUUCAAUUCAAUUGCUGCCUAAAAAUCCGGAAAAUUUUCUGGUAUGCAGUCGUAGUAAUACAUUGAGUAUUAUGAAUACGUCGGGACAGAUCGUUAAGAGCUUUACAAACGGCAAACUCGAAAGCGGAGACUUCGUGUGCUGUCGGGUGAGUCCGAGAGGGGAGUGGGUGUACGCCGUGGCCGACGACUACAAUCUUUACUGCUUUAACGCCAACACAACAAAACUGGAGAAAAUACUGCCCGUCCACGAGAAGGACGUGAUAGGACUGACACAUCAUCCGCACCAGAAUCUGAUCGCCACAUACAGUGAAGAGGGUUUACUCAAGAUAUGGAAGCCUUGAGUGGGUCUCCGGUUAGCCAUUCAAAUGUACUUCACUUUUCGUUUCAUC